AUGUCUACGAGCAAGCCCACUCCUGACACAGGGCUUCUCGCAGAGGCUAAGAGAAUUGCCCAACAAUUCGACCUCACACCCGACGAUAUCGCCAGAGCAGCAGAUCACUGCCUGCGGCAAGUACAAAACGGCCUUGAGCAGCAUGGCGCAACGCAGAUUCCUUCUUUCGUGACCAAAGUCCCUAAUGGUUCCGAAAGGGGCAUUUUCCUCGCGGUCGACCUCGGCGGCACGCGUUGCCGGGUCUGCUCAGUAAAUUUGCACGGGGACUCGACGUACACGCUGAUCCAAACCAAGCAUGCCAUUCCCCGCGCCCUUAAGGUCAGCUCCAGCCAUAAACCCCUGUUCGCCUUUGUCGCAGACAAGAUCGCAGACUUUCUCAGCCAAAAUCCAGAGGCGGAUGUCGAAAGCGUCGAGGGCAAGACGUUGCACAGAGACCAGUAUCGAAAGCUCGGCUUCACCUUCAGCUUCACAUACGAGAGUCACUCGCUUUCCAGCGGGACAAUGCUGCAGUGGGACAAGGGCUGGGACAUCGCGGACGCCCUGGACAGGGACCCUUGCGAGAUGCUCCAAAAAGCAAUUGACGACCUCGAAUUACCCGUGCUCGUCUCAGCAAUGACAAGCGACAGUGUCGGUACGCUGAUGGCAAGGGCUUACACGUCGCCAUGGAGCUCUUCGAGACUCGUUGGCGCCGUCUUCGGCACGGGGACCAAUGCUGCGUACGUUGAGCGCCUGGAGAACGUGCGAAAAAUGCACACCCACAACGCGUUUCGCAACCCCCGUCCGGGAGAUCUGAUGGUGAUGAACACCGAGUGGGGUGCCUGGAUCGACGACGACAACACCAUUGUGCCGAUGACACCGUACGACACGCAGUUGGACCUGGCAUCUGCAAACCCGACCAGGCAAAUCUUGGAGAAACUGACAUCAGGCAUGUAUCUCGGCGAGCUGGCACGACUAGCGGCUCUUGAGUUAUACCGGGCUCAGCUGUUCGAUAUGGUCUUACAAGAUGCCUCCCCCUUGUACGUAGAUGAAGGCGUGGACAGCUCCUUCCUGUCAGUCAUCGCCGAAGAUGGGGACGGAUCGCUCAAGGAGUCGAGGCGUCACAUCUCGCAGGUCCUCGGUGCACAAGGCGUGUCCGUCAACGAUGCGCUCGCGCUGCGCCUCAUCUCUACAGCCGUCGUCCGACGUGCCGCUCGCCUGGCCGGUGCUGCAACGGCUGCAAUUAUUCUUCAGUCUGGCCGUCGCGAAGCCGUCGACCCGGCCGUGAAGGGUACAGAAAGUGUCUAUCGCGAGCAAGAGGUCACGGAAACACGGACAUCUUGGUCUUGGGCGCCUUCCAAUUUAUGGACACUCGUUCGCCGAGCUUUCAAGUACGUCUUCUGCUGCUUUACAGUGGAAGAUACCGAUUUGACGUCUCCGUCGGACAAUGGGGUGCGGCGAACAGACAGAUGCGACAGCAUCGACAUUGGCAUUGAAGGUUCUCUUUUCGAGUUUCAUCCCGCAUUCGAGAAAGAAAUGCGGCGAGCACUGCAGCAGGUGCCAGGAAUCGGGCUGGACGGGGAGAAACGGAUCAAAAUCGGGCUCGCGAAAGACGGUUCAAGCCUGGGUGCUGCGCUCGUAGCGCAAUCGGUACAAUAG